AUUUGCGUUUCUUUUUUUUGCAUGCCAUUUAUUUUUACUUUAUUUUUGCAUGCUGAUUUAUUUGUCCAUAUUUUUUUUGUGCAUAUUUUACUACUUACUUUAUUUUUUCAUGCGUUUUACUCACUUUGUUUCUGCAUAUUUUAUUAUAAAAUUCUUUUCUUUAUGCUUUUACUCACUUUUCUUCCGCAUGUGUUAUUAGUACAGCUUUAUUUUUGCAUGCCUUUUAUUUAUUUUAUUUGUACAUAUCAUUGCUUACUUUAUUUUUGCAUGUCGUUCACUUACUUUAUUCUUACAUAUUUCAUUAUGAACUUCAUUUUUGAAUGCUUUUUACUCUAUUUUUCUCUGCAUGUAUUAUUACCAACAUUAUUUUUGCAUGCCUCUUACUCACCUUUUUCUUUUUUUUGUAACAUUUCAUUACGCACUUUAUUUUUUUAUGUUUUUUACUUGCUGCAUUUGUACUUAUUUUAUUACUUUAUUUUUGCAUAUCUUUUA